AUGCAGCCCAAAGAGCUUCAGCAGUACCUGGCUGACCAGCCGCCUCUGGUCAUGCCUCUCAAGAUUGAGCAGCACUUUGAGCUCCUGUCCGAUCAGCAGAAGCGCUACAGCCACUUCAUCAGCCGGGCCGCCUUUGCUGGUACUAGAAUUGGAUUGCGCCAGACCUCGUUCGAGGCCGAGGCCAUCUUUGACUUUGCCAUUGCCAUCCACAACAGCUGCAAUGGCGACUGGUCUUCUCUCGCCGCCAAGGCUGGAGUUGAGUCCGACGAAGUCUCGAGGCUCCUCGAAUACGCUGUCCAGGUCCUCGGCAACCUGGGCAACUUCAAGAGCUUUGGCGACGCCAAGUUCUUGCCGCGCUGCAGCGAGAAGUCGGUAGAUGCGAUUGCUGCCUCAGUCCCCGAGGCCGCCGAACACUACAAGAAGUGCAAAGCUGCCAUCUUUGACCACUCUCAGCAGACCAAGAUGCACCUUGGCUUCCUCGAUGAGGGCCACACGACCACCUACUACCCGGAUUCCCAGGACAUUACCAAGGCUGAUAUCGAAGCUGUCAAUACCUGGAUGGCUGACAAGAACCUGCUUCCCGAGAACACAAGACUGCGCAAGAAGAGCGACGGCUACGAGAUUCUGAUUGCGUCGGGUGUCACGUCGGCCCCUGCUGACGGCACCGAUAUUGGCAAGCAGACCGAGUUCACUGUUGAGGCUGGUGCCCUGAAGGGAAAGACUAUCAAGCUCAUCUUCGGAGACUACGCCACCGAAAUGGCCAACAUCGCCAAGAACCUCGAGGCUGCUGCCGAGAAUGCCGCCAACGACAAUCAGAAGAACAUGCACCUGUCUUAUGCCAAGGCUUUCUCGACUGGCUCUCACAACUCUUUCAAGGACAGCCAACGUUGGUGGAUCAAGGACAAGAGCCCCGCGAUCGAGUGCAACAUUGGCUUUGUUGAGACCUACCGCGACCCUGCUGGUGUUCGUGGCGAGUUUGAAGGCUUUGUCGCCAUGGUCAACCAAGAGCGCACUCGUGCGUUUGGUGAGCUUGUUGACGCCUCACCUCGACUUGUCCCUAUGCUGCCAUGGAGUGCCGAUUUCGAAAAGGACAAGUUCCUUGCACCAGACUUUACAUCUUUGGAAGUUCUUACUUUCAACGGUGCCGGAAUCCCUGCAGGCAUCAACAUUCCCAACUUCGACGAUAUUCGUCAAAAUGAAGGUUUCAAGAAUGUGUCCCUGGGCAACAUCCUGGGAGCCAGCAACCCCAAUGAGAAGAUUCCCUUUGUCAAAGAGGCGGAUCUUGCCAUCUAUAGCAAAUAUCGCGAGCCUGCUUUUGAAGUUCAGGUUGGCCUCCACGAGCUGACUGGCCAUGGCUGUGGCAAGCUUCUCCAAGAAACCGCUCCUGGCGUGUUCAACUUUGACAAGGCCAACCCCCCUACUAGCCCUGUUACACAAAAGCCUAUUUCGACGUGGUAUAAGCCUGGCGAGACCUGGGGUUCUGUAUUCGGCGCCAUCGCCGCCUCGUACGAGGAGUGCCGUGCUGAGCUUGUCGCCAUGUACCUGUGCUGUGAUUUCCAAACUCUCAAAAUCUUUGGUUUCGGGGAUGGUACCGAGAACAUGGACAAUGAAGCCGGUGAUAUCCUGUACGCUUGCUACCUGAGCAUGGCCAAGGCAGGUCUCGGCGCUGUCGAGAUGUGGGAUCCCAAGAGCCAGAAGUGGGGACAAGCUCACUCGCAGGCUCGCUUCUCAAUUCUCAAGUGCUUCAUUGAGGCUGGUGAUGAUUUCUGCAAGCUCGACUACACCAAGGACGACUUGUCCGAUCUAACCAUCAAGCUCGACCGCUCCAAAAUUCUCACAACUGGUCGCCGAGCCGUUGGAGAUUACCUGCAGAAGCUUCACGUCUACAAGAGUACCGCUGACCUCAAGUCCGGCCUUGAGCUGUACAACCGCAUGACCAACGUCGGUCUAGACUUUUGGGGAACCAAGGUCCGUGACACUGUCCUCGCAAACAAGCAGCCUCGCAAGGUUUUUGUUCAGGCCAACACCUACCUGGACGAGGCUACUGGCAAGGUUACUCUUAAGACUUAUGAGCCUACGCUCGAGUCCUUCCUCCAGAGCUGGGCCGAUCGUAAGCUCUAA